CGCCCCUCAGUCCGCUCUGCUGCCGGCCGACCCGCGCUCCUCUCCGGCCACACGCCCUCCAGAUCCCGCCGCCGCCUCCCGGGACGCACGGAGUCGAAGGUUGAACCGUCCGGAGCACGACGUCGCCCCGGGCAGAGAGAGGAGAAAAAAAGAAAAGCGAGUCCUCCGCACUGCAGCAUCUCCUCCUCUUCUCUUCCUCCACAUCUGUCUUCACUUCCAGCCAGAGGAAACACUUCGUGCUCCAUGGAAACAUGUAACGGUCCGUCCGGACGCUGACGCCGGACUCGGAGCGCCUUCAGCUCGCGGUUCGGGAGUUGCUCCCUGGGAGGAGAAAAAAAACACCGGAACACGGAUUUUACCGUCAGUUGGAAAGCAGCGUUUCACUCCAGAGGACGGAGACAAACACCAAAAUUCUGGUCGAAGCAGCUGGUCCAUUUUUUGGUUAGUUUUGGAAUCUAACAGAAUGCUGUCCGAGCUCAGCGACUGGUUCUGGCAGGAGCGGCUCUGGUUCCCGGAGGGUCUGGGUUGGGCCGAUCUGGAGGACCGGGAUGGACGGGUCUACGCCAAGGCCAGGGACCUGUGGGUGGCGCUGCCCAUUGCCCUCGUCUUCCUCAUCAUUCGGCAGAUCUUCGAAAGGACAGUGGCGACUCCGCUGGCGUCUCUCCUGGGGGUGAAGGAGACGGUUCGGCUCAGAGCUCCUCAUAACCCCACCCUGGAAUCUUUCUACUGCAGCGUCACCAAGAACCCCACUCAGUCUUCGGUCUGGAGUCUCUGUAAACAGACCGGCUGCUCAGAGCGUCAGGUGCAGCGAUGGUUCCGGAGGCGGAGGAACCAGGACCGGCCCAGUCUGCUCAAGAAGUUCCGGGAGGCCAGUGUGUGUUGUAUGUGUGUGUUCUCUUGCAGUUGGAGAUUUACCUUUUACCUCCUUGCUUUCAUUGCUGGCCUGGCCGCCCUCAUCGAUAAACCUUGGCUGUACGAACUGAAGGAGAUGUGGCAAGGCUUCCCUGUGCUGACUCUGCUGCCGUCCCAGUACUGGUACUACAUGAUUGAGCUGGGUUUCUACGGAUCGCUGCUCUUCAGCGUCGCCUCGGACGUCAAACGCAAAGACUUUAAGGAGCAGAUGGUCCACCACGUGGCCACCAUCCUCCUCAUUAGCUUCUCCUGGUGCGUGAACUACAUCCGAGCUGGAACUCUCAUCAUGCUGGUGCACGACUCCUCCGACUACUUCCUGGAGUCUGCUAAGAUGUUCAACUACGCCGGCUGGAGGAACGCCUGUAACUACAUCUUCAUCGUGUUUGCUGCCGUCUUCAUCGUCACUCGCCUCGUCAUUUUCCCCUUCUGGAUCAUCUACUGUACGUGGGUCUACCCAGUCACCAUCUACCAGCCCUUCUUCGGCUACUACUUCUUCAACGGGCUGCUGAUGACGCUGCAGUGUCUCCACGUCUUCUGGGCUGUCCUCAUCAUCCGGAUCGCCGUCCGCUUCCUCACCAACAACGAAAAAGUGGACGACGAGCGGAGCGACAAAGACGAGACAGACGAGUCAGAGGAGGAGGACAUGAAGAAGAACGGACCGCUGCAGAAUGGACACGCCGUCCACAACAACAACCACAGCAAGACGGAGUGAAGGACAGCAGGACGGAGGACAAACAAGAGAUGGACUCAAACCUUCAUCAGGAAGGAUGGACAGAAGGAAUCCUCAGACGGCAGGUAUUUUAGGAAACUUUAACACGAAAUCACACACAUGUUGAUUAGAGACACCACAUGGUGACGUCCUUCAUCACCCGAUCAACCAUUGCCUUUAGUCCCAAACCUUCCAGACAGGACGGAGAGGACGGAGAGGACGUAGAGGACGAGCGUGACGAUGCUUCUACUUUAGCUUUCAUGCUCUAACUGUGUGCCUUAGAGCCGGACCACGGCUGCUAAAUUAAAAAAGAAGCCAUUUUAAAGCUCUCGGAUUGAAAAUUGUGUUGCUUUAUUCUGUUUUUUGUUGUUAGUUUUUUACUAAAAGAACAAAUCAAAGUGAGUUUUAUUGUGAAGGCGAGACCACGGGGCAUUUAUUUCCCUAAUUUCCUGUCUAUGCAACAUGUAAGUGUUGAUUAUUGCGACGUCUUUGCACACAGCGUCUCUUAGAGGAAGUAAUAACUCUCCAACGUGGCCUGGACCAUUUAUCAGCUGAUUUUAAGUUUAGUUCAUGGUUCUUAUUGCUAUUCCAGUCUCUACCGUCCCUGCCUCCAGUGAACCAGAAACUAGAGUUAAGGAUAAACUCUGACAGAGAAAACAAUCAAACUGAAUGUGUUUUUCCUUUAUGGUUAAGCAAAUAGGGACUCAGUGUGACAUUAUUAACAUCUAAUACCUGAAUUGACUCAAAGUUCUCAUAGUUCUGUCUUGACCUCCCUUGAAACAGCUUAACUCUAUGGCUAGCUGUUUUAGCAUUUAAUAGCUGAGUUUGACUCUCUAGAAUUUAAAGUGCAGAUAUCUGUAACAUCGUUCUCAUCAGUCAAAACUGUGUUUAAAGAUCUCUGUAAUCCAGUUAGUCCGAAUAAUGACUGCAAAUACAACUUUUCAGACACUUAUAAUGCAGUCAUGACAUCCCUCAAAACAGCUUAACAUGGUGGCUAGCUUUUUUUUUUUUUAGCAUGUAAUAGCUAAAUUUGACACUGUAAUUUGAACUACAGAUGUAUAUGACAUCAUUCUGAUCAGUCCAAACAAUAUUUACAGAAUAAUGGCUGCUAAUUUGACUUAUCAGACAUUUAUAGUUCAGUGUUGUCAUCCCUCGUCAGACAGUGUAACCCUAGGCUAGCCAUUUUAGAAUUUAAUAGCUGAGUUAGGCUCUCUGGAAUUUAAAUCCAGAUAUCUUUAAUGUCAUUUUGACUUGUCGAAACCACAGUUGUAGAUCUCUGUAAUCCACUUUAGUCAGAAUAAUGAAUACAGAAACUACUUAUCACACACUUAUCAUGCAGUCUCGAUAUCCUUCGCCUGAUAGCCUACUGCUACGGCUAGCCGUUUUAGCUUGACAGACUUCCAGCUUUUAUUCCAGAUAUCUAUAAUCCAGACCAGACAAACUUCCAGGGACAGAUCUUUACCAGCUGCAGAUAUCUCAAAUGUCAUUAAGUUUGGCAAACUGUUUUCACAUUUAACGUCUGGACUGAAAGUGUGCUGCAGAUUUCCGUAACUCAGUUAGUCAGGAAGAACAUUUCAGAUGACUUGAAGCUCCAUGCGUUUCUCAUUAUUACAUCUGUGGACAUCUGCAGCUAAAUUCAGCCUCACAUAUCUACAGUUUUAAUAAUUCUGCUUCUAACUCUGCACUGCCGCGAUGUUUGAAAAACUGCAUUUUUAACAUAUCUGUAAUUAUAUUCUGAGAUAUCAAAAACAUCAUUCUGACAAGUUCAAAAUUUAUUUAAUGAGCUAAAAAUAAAAAUGUAGAUCUGAAUUAAACAUAUCUUUAACAAUGAUGCAUUAAACUCCAGAUAUCCACAGCUUCUAUAAUGAUGAAUACCUUAAAGACAGAUAUCUGCAGUCCAGUUAUUAAAUGUUAGAAGUUUUAAUAAGUAGAAGAAGGGGGCCAAAUGUCUUCAGUUCACUGCCGAACAGCCUUUUCCAGGUUAAGAUCUAAAGUGUUGAUCUAAAUGAAUGAUUUUCACAAUGAUUCUGUGUAUGAAAUGUUUUAUUUGAAGAUUUCUUGAUAAAUGUGUGAGAUGAGUGUUUUGUCCAGUUUUCUGUUGUCACGCUUUAAAGCUUUUCGUAAGUGCCUUAUCUGUAAUGUGUGGGAAGCUCUCCUGUCCUCCUGUCCUCUCCUUUUCUUUCCUGUUUCCACCUCCAAUCUUCUUCACUUCAUCUUCAACUGAAAACUCCACGUCAUCGUCGUCCUCCUCACCGAUCCAUCCACCUUUAUUCACCCUUAUUCCACCGUCUUCUUUACUAACCUGACCGACCAGCAGACUCUUCCCCAGAGACACACAACCAACAACUGUGUCCUGAUUACAGUGUUAUUUUUCUCUUUUUUUGUAUUAUUUUUUUUUGUUUAAUGAUGCCUAAGUAUUGUUAUUAAUGAUAAAGACGAUGAAUCACAAUGAAAA